UAAUAGAUAUUAUACAAUUUUACAUUUUAAAAUGAAUAGCUAUGUUAUAAAUUCAUUCGUCGGCGAGGGCUCAUUUGGACGUGUUUUUAAAGCAAAACACAAAGAUACCGAUGCUGUAGUAGCCUUGAAAGUGAUAAGGAAGAAAGGUCGUUCGUCUAAAGACUUAAAAUGUUUGAAGCAAGAAUGCGACAUACAGAGGCAAUUGAAUCAUCCAAACAUAAUCCGAAUGAUAGACAGUUUCGACACUGAUACAGAAUUAGUAGUUGUCACAGAAUAUGCUGAGAAAGAACUACAUGGAAUAUUGGCUAAAGAGGGUUGUCUUAAUGAAGAACAAGUGAAGAAGAUUACUUGGGACCUUGUGUCUGCACUGUACUACUUACAUUCUCAUAGAGUUUUACAUAG